AUGAGUGUCUUCAAGAAGCCUCUCUUGCCACCCGCCCGGAAAGCGCAAGCUGGACACGGGAAAGCAGAAGAAGUCUGCGCGACUCGCAAGAGACCAGCCACGCCAAGUCCGUCUGAUAUUAACUCAUCGUCGAAGACACCAAAACGGCGUACUGCACCAUUGAUCAACGAUUGCGUUGUGCCUGAACAUCUUCGGAACACCGUGCAGCAAGACUAUUUCGACAAAACUCGGCAAAAGCAUCCUGUCAUGCAUGGUCAUAUCGACGACGAAGUCGGAGAUGAAAAGCUCUCUGCUAUCCAUCAGCAUUUGGCAGGGCAGGACACUCGCCUGGAAGUCCUCAAACACACGAGGAGGACAUUGGUGCGUGGGAGUGCGGAGGAGCAACCCACCUUCACGACUAUGACCCUCUACGGUGGCGGUGAUGGCGGUGUCCCUGUCUCAGCGUCGCUGUCGGCCUGGGCUUCCGAGAAGGCCGAGAAGAGACGCAAGAAGCACGUCAAAAAGAUUGAGAGUGGGACGGUCUGUCGACACGGGGUCGCAAGAGGAAUUCUGAGAGCACUGAAGUUACGACUCAAAAAGGAGCCUGCUGCACCGACGAACUUGCAUACCAGAGUAAUUCGGCCUGCAAAUCCUGGUCGGGAGUUGUUCGAAGCUUAUGACGAUGCCGUUCGAGCCUGGCACGAGAGUAUGUGCGAGCGUCUUCCAGGCUACAAGGACAGUCGCAACAAGCAGCAGUGGUUCAACUUGCGAAAUUCCAAAUGGACUCCCUGA